UUUCUAAACGAUUUACGUGUUUUUCUAAAGUUACGUGUUUGCACGUUAUUCUAUACUUGUUGAAUUGUUCUUUAAUUAAGUUGAAAAAGUAAUGAUGUGGCCAUUAUUUUUUAUAGUGAUAUGUACGUUACUUUGUACUCUUAAUGCAAAUGAAAAAUGUGAAGGUGAAAUUGAUCCUUUCAUUUGUAAGUUGAAAACUGCUUUAAAUAUAAAUUCAAGGGACGAAAAACUUGACAAACGGUUUCAGCAAAUUGAAAAACAGUUGGAAAAAAUAAGGCAAGAUAUUUUGGAUUUAAAUGCAACAAAAGCCAUCGAGACAAAAAACGUGAGUCAAGAAGACAAUCAAAUACAACAACUAACAACCCAUUUAAACAGAAGUGAAACCAAAGUACGACAAACGAUCGAUAGUUUAAUUGGAACGGUUAACGGAACUGUAAAUACAUUGUUAAUUCAAAUAGAAAAUAUUUCAAAAGAACUACCACAAUUAAAAGAAUUGUUAAAUAAUGUUGACGAGACCAGAGAUAUCAUUUAUAACGAAUACAAUAAAUUUGUCAACGCAACGACUUUGUUUAACUAUGAAUUAACAGAGUUACUUAAGAAAAAGACUAUGAACGCAAUGGAAACACUUGAAAAAAAACAUAUUGAACUUAUGAACCAGCCAAACUGUACGGGAGGCUACAAUACGUCAUUUAAUUAUGUGUUUCGAAAAAAUCGAGAACUUGAAUUAAAGGUUCAACAAAGCCAACAGCAGUUGUCUGAAAUAAAGGCUGCAUUAGAAACGUCGAAAAGUGAAGAAUGGCCGACUGGAAGUUACUGCAUUUUAGCUAACGGAGCUUGUCCAAAAGGUUUUAAAUUAUUCACGGGUUAUUUAAGAGCUAUUAACAUGUUCCAUUUUUCAUCAACUUAUAUCCGCGAAUCUUUUUUCGGUAGCAGCUCGAUUAACUGCCAUGGUAACUGUGGUACGUAUGGAAACUGGGUUGGAGAGUUAAAUCUUUCAACUUGCUGCAAAUAAAGUAAAUUAACAAAAAUUACUUGCGUUAAUAUAAAGGUAUUGUAUAAUAAUAUAAAGAAAUUGUCGGUUUUAGGUAAAAAGAAAAUAAAAACAUUUCCUGACUUUGAACAAGCUUAAUUGAUUGAUCGUACGCCUAACUUUGAAUUCGGCUUAAGAUGAAUUUUGAGAAUGUAAAUUGUGAAUCGGUUUGACUUAUAUUUUCCAUCAUAUAACUUUAUAUUUGACUUGAUUAUUUCACGUAUGAAUAGAAAUUAGUUUAUGAAUUGAUUUCUCAAUUUACAACUAUGUUUAGUUUGGAUUUUGAAUAAACUCGGAUUCGAAUUUACGACUUAAGAUUUGGAUAAAAACCUAUUUUUUCCAUUUAUAAAUUGGUAUUAACUUAUAAAAUAAUUUUUCUUUAUAUACACAACUUAAUUUUUUUAGCUUAAAAGUUGAAAAUAUUUAAAUUAUAAGUUGAUAUAUUUUGUAAUUUAUCAAAUAAAUAAUGAUCUGUUUUUGUGGUCUGUAAAUUAUCUUAGAGUUAGAUGAUAUAAUAAAAUAAA